GAACACCAAUCAUUUUUGUUUACCUAGCAACAGAUGCCAGAUAGCAACGGGAUGUGACUUAUGUUUGCUUUUGCAUCUUUCUUGGUGUACGAGGACGGUAACAAAAUAAGGAAAAGGUAGAAUUAGUCGAUUUUAGCCGCUGUUAAAGUGCUAGCUCUCGGUAAGCUGAGUCACAUCGUCUUAAGAUGUCUUUUCAAGAGUUACCCCGUCCUUCUGAUGAAGAUGAGGCUUUCUACACACACUGCAGAGCUGCGUAUUUGGCUGUGUUCAGAUCUAGUUUGACAAAUAUAACCUCUAAACAGCAGCUAUGUCGUGGUAAGCUAAAUUAAAGCUCUUAUUUGUUUGUAAAAAGUCUUGCACAAGCCAAUAUGCUGUCACCCAAGGGGGGCAGGUGGUCAUAAUGUUAUAGCUGAUCUGUUUAGAUUUUACCUCUAACGUCUGUCGGUGGAAAUGAAACAGAAUUGGCAAUAGAAGAAGCUCCCACUCUGAUUUGAGGUGCAUCAAUCUACUGUCUGAAAAGUAGGGGAGAAUGGGGUAAGUUGAGCCAAAGGGUAAGUUGAGCCACCCCUUGUUGCUUGGAAAUGGUCAAAGAAAUUGAUCAUGUGACUAUUGUAUCAGUUGAAUGGGGUAUAAUAGAUAAAAAUACACAUGAGUGUGAAGAAGUGACUGUUAUUUAGGGAGAGAGAGGGUGAGUAGGGAUACGGCUCAACUUACCCCGCUCCUAUGGUCAACUUACCUAAUACUCGGGGUAAGUUGACCAUAGGAGACCACUUUUUUUGGCAUGUUAUAGUAUCAAGACAGUUAUGUUUACACUCAUUCUGUUGGUUUGCAGGGAUGCACAACAUCUUGAAAUAUAUGCAGAUACACUAGUUAGAGACAAAACUAUGAUUACCUUGAUGUAGUGAUCCAAAAUAUGAAAAAUGGCUCAUCUUACCCCACUCUCCCCUAUAGUUCAACUCCACCCAUUGCAGGGGAUUUUUAAUAUAACUGAGAUUGAUGGAUAAGAAAGAGCUAUUGGGACAAAAAAAAGCUGAUCAUUGAAGAUUUCAUUGUUUUUCCUUUUUAUCCUCCUUAGCUCUUCAGCAGGCCGGCAGAAAUCCAUCCCAUGCAACUCUUGAUAAAUACUGGACCCCGAGAACAUCCAAACUCCACUUUGAUGACUUCUGUGAAAUCCUCAAGUGUGAGAGGAAAACAGAGGAGACUGAGCUGAUGAGAGCCUUUAAAAAGAUGGAUGUGAACAGCGAUGGCUUUAUAUCUCAUAGUGAACUGGAGAGGGCCCUUACCACUGUGAGUCAGCAGCAAAAACUGUACUUGUUGAUCUGGAUUACAUUAGUUGGGUUUUGGCCUUUAUAGUACAAUCAGACAUCAGAUUAAUUACUUCAGCAACAUAGGUAUGAACAUAUGGAAAUAUAUGUAAAAUGGUUAAUUUCUGCCAAUAUUAGCAUGAUGCUUAAAAUAUGCUCUUAUAAUGAGAGCUGUUAAAUUCCACACGAUCAGAUAUUGUUUUCUCAAACUAGCAAUUUAAGUUUGGCGUCUACUGUCCCCAUCUUGGUUUCUCUAUUUAAGCAGAAGCGAAAGUACUGGAAUCUUUCCUGGUUAUACAUCGUGUUUCUAAUUGAGUCAAAACAAGCAGGUUUUUGUGUCUGGUGAUUUGAUGAUCUAUCUGUUCAAUCUUUCAGAGUGGAGAGAAAAUGACUGUUGAAGAGGUGAAUGCUAUCUUCUCAUUAGCUGACAUCAACAAAGAUGGAAAACUGGACUAUGCCGAAGUAAGUUUAGACACUCUACAUGUUUAAGUUUUUUUUUCACUACAGAUACUCUGAAGCUUUUGGAAAGUAAUAUUUUGAAUCCAUCAUGUACCUUUACUUUUAUUGAUUAGCUUGAGACUAAAACAAAUGCUACACUUCUAGGCCGACUAAGUUGCAUCAUUCAAGACUACUUUCAUAAACAAACUGAGCACCCAAAACAAGGAAGAAUGAAAAAUAUAAAGUGGCAGACAAGUAUUUUUGUGUCGUCCUCAUGCAUCAUCCUUUUACCACUGGUCUCCUGUCGACGUCAGUUCUGCAGAUUGUUUAUGUCUACAGUCGCGCGGUGUCAGACUGCUGCUUUGGAGAGACUUGAGACCAACACCAAGCUGAAGAGACAGAACUUUGGCAGUCAGUCAUACAGCCCUCCAAAGAGCUCUGUGUCAUCUGCAGCUCCAUCAUCAGAGACAGCGACCCUCCCUCAGCCUCCGCCGGAAACCCCACAGGCCGACUCAGACACGACACUUAAGAAAGGUAUAACAAGUAAUUCACUGUCACAGGACAUUUACUGCAUUUCCAUAACAGUAUUCAGACUGAACUCCGUGCCUUCUACUAUCCAAACCAUUUUCACUCAGAAAAAAUAGUUCAAAGACAACACAUGAAACGAAAGCCGAAAAAUUGACACUCAUUCUGAAUAUGAUGCCAGUUUCAAAAGAGUUGGUGCAGGAGCAACAUAACACUGUAAAAGUUGUGUGAUGCAAACAGAUAUAUCUUGACUAAUUAUGCCAGUUUUCAGCUGGUUAGUAACAUGACUAGAAAUUCCAAAGAGGCCCAGGGUGCUAGAAGUAAAGAUGGCAAGAGGUUCACUGCUAGUGGUUGAUGAAGUAAUCCGGCAAUCCCAGAAAAAUGUUCCUGAGUGUAAAUUGGAAAAGAAUUGGAAUAUUUGAUCAUCUACAGAACAAAAUUUUAUUGAAAUAUCUUGAGAAACCUCUGUGCCAAGGGGCAAGGCUGAAAACCAAUACUAGAUGGCAGUGAUCAUUAAGAUUUCAGACAUGACUCUGUAGUGGGAAUCAUUAAAUUACACCCAAAAACUACUGUCUUUGGGAGCAGUUCACAAUUACAUCUACAAAUGCAGGUUAAAACUAUUUCAUGCAGAGAGGAAACUAUGUAUGAACAUGAUUCAUAAGCACUGGUGACUUCUCUGAUUCUGACCUAGACAAAGUGGAAAACUGGGUCAGGCCAAGAGAGAUACAUUUUGUAAGUGUAACAACAGUAUGACUCUGUAGUAGAAGAGUCAUGCUGCAAAACUGACCUGCAUGCAGUCCUGACUUGUCACUUAUUAAAAAAAGAUUGACACAACAUUACUCAAGAAAUACGACACAGAAGACCCAUAACUUUUGAGAAUCUUACAUUUCUAUUUCGAGAAAAGUGCGGGGCAACGUUUCACUGUCAGAACCCAGAAACGGGUCUCCUCCACUUCUGAACAUUUACAGACUGUUGUUGAAAGAAAAGUCAAUGCUAAGCAGUUGUAAACAUACUCUUGUUCCUAUCGUUUUGUUGCUGACAUCAAAUUCAAAACCAGCAUAUAGAGGGUUUUUCAUGAGAAAAAUUGGAAAUUUUAACCUGUUAUCUUGUCAAUUGCAUAUACAAGAGGGUUGAAAAGAUUUGCGAAUCAUUAAAUUCUGUUUUAAUGUACAUUUUAUACAAUGUUCCCACUCCUUGGAUUCUCUCUCAAUAUGUUUUAAAAGCCUCUUUAAUUCCUAGAUGACUUGUCUAGAUGCCCCAGUUCAUUUCAGGGAAAUGCAUUGUAAGCAUGCAAAAUCAGUUUGAGUUAACAUUUACUACUACACUCAGAGACCACAUAUUGUGAAACGUUAUAGAGAUGAUGCUUUUUAGUCAAUGGAAAUGUCAACGCAGCAUUCAUGUGAUGUCUGAAUAACCGGAAAAAUUAGUUCCCGACGAGGGUUAAACCUCAAGAAAUACAACAGGGAAAGUGUGCUGCAGAUGUAGGUCACAACUUUGACAUCAUGUUUAAAUGAGAAAUGGUAUUGAAAGUAAAUGUUGGUUGCAUGGAAUUUUUAUUACCAUCAUUUCUCCUCAUAUUGCAUAUCAAUUACUCACUUGAAUAUAAUUUUCAAUACAGUUCAAGCUUGUAACUGUUGCUUGCUGCCCAGGAAACCUCAACAUUAACCCUGUCCUGUGCUAACCCUGACAUGGAUAAGUGGGAAAGCUCAUUUAUUAGUAUUAAUUUAAAAACCAACACUAGUAAAGCUGUAGUCAGUGGUUUUAGAAAAUAUACACUAUCUAUGUUUGCUUGUUGUGACUGUUGUAAUCUCAACGGUAUUGGAAAUGAGGGAAAACCUCAAUGUCCUCCGAGAAUAAAUCAAGGUUUGAAAUGAAAUGAAAUACAAGUGCAGCAGCAAAUGUUGGACAAAGUACACAACCCAUCUUUCCUAUAGCAUCCAUGUUUGAAACAGUACUUAGCUCAGGAACACGGAGAAGUCUGAUUAAACUCUGUCCAUCCUGGUAAUAGCAACCACCAAACACGUUAAUACCUCAUCACAUACUCCAGGUCCAUGACUCUCAAACAUAAUUGUUCAAUUUUUAUGGCGCUCUCCACAAGUCCAAAGUAGCAGCCGGUGACUCACCUCAGACUUCAGUUUACAGUUCCACACUUGUGCACAAGUCUUGCCUAGGUACACCUCAGCAAUUAGUUAUGAUGAAUAAAUAAUAGCUUUGUUAUUGAUCGAUUUUUCACCUCCCCCUGUGACAGAUCGCCUCAUUAAGACAGGCCAUACAUCAUAUUACCCACACAACUAGGGCAGCCUGUUUAGAAGGAGGAGACUGUAAAGCGUUGUGAUUUGGCUGAUCAUUUCUGCUGUUAAUAAAUCGACAAAAAGCUCCAUCAACACUGAUGAAAAAGGCCUUUUUCACACUGUGGAUUCGGAGUUGAAACUUAUAUCAAAAAUAUGUUGCCAUAGCUUAAAUUGUCCAGUCCAGCUUCACCUGUCUGCAGCAAAACAUAUUGAACCAAGAAUGGUUCGAACUGUUAAUUGUACUUUAAACCAGUUGAAGGUUCAGAUUAUGCGCUUUAAAGGCAGUACAGAAAAGCAGAGACACCCUGGAUGAGCAAGAGGCGACUAGUUCACUGUGGGAAGACAGAUGGGGUUGAUUUAAGUGGUCAGUCCAUGUUCAUGUUAUUGAUUUGGAGGAUUUCUCCACUUCUCACUGGGGAGAUGAUGAGGGAUUAGACGCUGGUCGGGAGGAGGGCCCAGCCGACCGCCACUACAAAAACAAAUGAGCUCCCACAUAGUUGUCGGGAUUAUCACAUUACUGUGCCUCUCCCACGUAUUGAUUUAUAAAACCUACACUUCAGCAGGGCUACGACACGGGCUGUGGUGUGAUUGCACGUGUUGAAAGGGUUAUUCUUGGAGCUCAAAAACUGUUUUGACUCUUCAUUUGGCUCCACAUUUGUCAGUAUGACCUGCUACCACUCUAAAACAAGUUACAACUGUAUGAGACAUGAGUAAUGAAAUACUGACUUGUGUUACUGCACGUGUUGCACGUCUUCCAUGUUUUCCUAAACUGUUAAACAAACUUGUAAACAGUCAUGGUGUUUCUCGGAUAAAUGAUCUGUUGAGCUCAAUUUGUGCAUUUUCCCAGAAGCAGGAAACUAUUGGUACCAAAACAACACAUGCUUUAAACUCACAUUGAAGCUAGUGUAGUGCCUCCUUCCCAACAACCACUCAACAAGUCAACAUCUGCUGUUUGAGUAAAAUGCUGACACCACUAAGCACGACAUCUCUCACAAAAACACGAUAGUUGCCCCAUUUAUCCCUCCGCUGUGGUAAUUUGUCUGGAAGCCUUCAAUUAUUCUUCACAUCUUGAUUUCGUGGUCUGAUCGGAUCCCCUCCUUAAUGAAUUGAUAUUUUCUAGCAUCAUUUAUCUUUCAAGGAAAAAAAAGGUUGUCCCAGAUAAUGAACCUGAAGGGCUCCUUUUAUGUCAUUUAUGCUUUCAAAUACAUGUAAUUGAUAUAAGGGGGUCCAAUUUGAGAUGGUGUCCAGAACCUAAAUGCUAAGCAGUUCUGUUCACUUGAACUUUGGGAUGGACUUCUUAGAAGACAGAUUAGUGUGUCAGUUACGUUGUACGCCUCAUCUCUCUUUUCAGUGUGUGUUUACUGUUUGGAAAGGGGAGGGCUGGACUUAAUCUGUCAAAGCCUUCUGUACUGUUAUAGUAAUAUUAUGACUUGAUUUAUUUACGUCAGUUUUGGAUGUUUUUUAGUUUGGUUUUGUUGGUCUUCAUUCCUUUUGAUUUUUUAUUUUUGUGUCGCAGACAGCCAACCGUCAUCACGUCCUUCCUCUGCUCGCAGCAGACGGUCCUCCCUGUCCAACCCAAUCACCAUGACAACCAGCGGUACGAAAGCUAACAAAAUGCAAGAGCCCUCAGGUCUACAGGUAACCUUCUUUGCAGGGACAAUAAUUUUAAAGCUGAGCAGAUUUAAUCAGAAUAAGAACCUGCUUUAUUAUCCAGCCGGUAUGUGUGAGGUUUUUGACUUUGGUAAACUUUGUUUUCUUUGUGCAGACUCUAAAAAAUGAAUUUUCCUCGUAUGAACAAGCCAACAUAGGACUUUUAAUAAAGAAUAUAUACACGAUCAAGACAAUAGUGCAAUGGUGAAAAGUGUCUUUGCAUAGGUGGGUUAAUAGACAAGUGGUAAAUAUAUGUUUAUGUAUACCAUAUUAACAUGAAAUAACAUGGUGCAUGAACUCAUGCUGGAUCUGAGGAUGAUAUAUACAGAACUAGAAAAUUCUCUUUGGGAAAUUUUGAGAGGGCCACAGGGGGCUACUGCUGGGGUGUGUACAUUAUGAUGGGAUUCUUCAACGAUAUUAAAUAAGUAGCAUUGUGAUAUUAUAUACAAGGAGCAAACCUCCAACAGACAUUCCUUUUUCAAGCUUUUAUUUAUACAAAAAACAACAAAAAAAAGGAGCCAGGGUAGUAGAAGUUUGAAAAACUCUAGCUAUUUACCUUUUUUUUUUUUGGCUUUACCUGUUGAUUUCAGUGCAAAAUUUAGAUCUCAUAAAAAUUCAUAUACAAAAGAGUAAAGUAAUAGCACACUGAUCCCAUUUAAACCACACAUUUUGAUAUAUAGUUUGUCCUGCAACUCUUCAAGCUGUAGGACUAGUAGUGAAUCGCAAUUGCUCCACAAGAGGAAUAAGAAAAAGUCCACAGUACAGCAAUCGUACCUUCGGGGUACUGGCCCCUAUGCUUUUGUAUAGGUGGUAUAUAAAUUUGUGUUCUAAUAAAUUUUAAGAAUAAUUCACAUUUUACCCUUUCAGCUCUGGUCCCGAUACCACUUAUUGAUUCCAGUUCUUAUUGAUUCAAAAUUCAACUUUAUAUAUGUUUUGUAUCAGAAGUGCUGUAACGUUCGGCAGGUCCUGACAGAUAUGACAAACUUUACAAGGACAGCGAAGUCCUCCCUGAAGUUUCCUCUGGAUAGAUAUCGUAAUGCAAAAAAAAUAUACCUGUAUGGGUUAAAUUGUUCAGUUUUUUUUUUAAGCAUGGGUGUUGGUAUCAGCUGUUAUCUUCUCAGUCAGUGCGUUGGUGCUCUCACAGGACAGGGAAGCAGGGGCAGGGGGCUUUAUUAAUCAGUUUAUCAAUUGGGUUAUCUUCCUCUUGAACGUAUUUCAAAGAAUACAUUAACCUUUUUCUGUUGAUAAUUUCUCAAUUUGCCAUUUGCACUACAUGUGACUGAGAAAUCCCUUUAAUCUGCUCAUGUUGCUUUUCCCAUCAGCCCUGUUCCGUUUUCUGAAGAGCUUCUUAGAAAAGCCAGAGAAAAUUUUCUGGCUUUAAAUUUAUUGCAGUCGGCCUAAUUUUCUCAGACGGAUGAAAAAUACUAUAUUAUGAACUGGGUUACUGAAUAAACUUUGGUUGCGACAUAUAAAUCAGCUCAUUCCUGUUCUUGGGGACACAGAGUUUAUCAAUAAGGUCUUCUUUUAGGUUUUCAGUGAAGAAGCCAGGUGGAAAAACAAAUUUUAUGCUCAGUUUCACUUGUUCAGGAAUUGAUACUGAUAUAAAAGGGGUUGGGUUGGCUACCCGUCCAGUUUCCUAAUUUUAGCCUGCGGAAAAUUGACUUUUUCCUUUUCUCAGAAACAUCAGCCCACAAGUCAGCUUCAAUUUCAUGGCUGCCUCUGGAAGCUCCUGUUUUUGAGUUGCAAAGAGCAGUGGUGCACCCGUGAAGAGUGAAGUGUUAGUCAAAUGUCAGAAAACAGUGUCUCCUUGUUAUGCAUUUUCAGGCUGUUUGAAGUUUUCAAAGAAUAAAUUCAAAUGUAAGAUAAUCAAAACUGGUGAACAUUUAGCUGCACAUGAGUGUCUGCAGCAACUGUGAGCUAAAACAGAAAAUCCUGAGGGGCUGUGAGCUGAGCUGCUGUUUGGUCAUUUAAGGUCAUGAUCCCUUUGUAGAGCCAGGUCUCCAUUACUUUAGUUGAAGUUUAGAUAUUCCAGGUCUGAUAAUACACCAGUGCAAGUGACAAUAAGUGACAGUUACCCAGCUAAAACUUGAGUCAACAGUACGAUUUGGAAAAAAAUCUUAAAACGUUGUAGUUUUACACGAGUGCCAUCAAGAGCACAAGGCUUUACAUGCUGCAGUGUCGUCAUAGCCAUCGUUACCACUACUAAAUGACCAAGUAUCCUGCCUGAUCUGAGUGACGUUUGCUCUACAUUUUCUCAACAUUUGACCAUGGAGACUGGUGACAUAUGGCAACAACACCUGGACAAACCACAUGCGAAUCAGAAUCUAAGGAGGAGGAAAAGAAAAUCGGCUAACUUAAGAGCCAAAAAUGUACAGGAGACAAAAGCAUGAUAUUUGCCUUUUAAAUGUAGUGGGGUAGAGGGGCCAGUGACCUAGCUGGACAACCUCGGUUCGAUCCCUUCCUGUGGUGUGAAAGUAAUCAGUUUCCCUCAAAGACAUUAUUCAAGUAAAGAUCAGAUACUCCAAAAGAUGUAUAGAGUACAAUACUGAAGUAAAUUUACUGUUACUGUUCAAGACAGGUUAAUAGUAUUAGCGACAACAGUAAAAUAUUUGAAUAAGUAUCCCCAAUAUUUAAGUCUAGGCUUUAGAGUUUCUGAUACAAAGUUGGAAAACAACAGAGUAAUGAAGCUGAUAUCUCUCUGAAGUUCCUGUCUGCUCUCUGUGCAUUUAUGUCUGUUUAGUUAAACCUGACAAACUUAAAUUAAAGACUCAUGCCUUUGGUGAUUUGCUUUUCAUGUUUUGUAAGCCAUGCACCCCUUUUGAGUCUAAAAGAAUGGCUACUUUUUGCUAGUCUAGUCUCAAAAUACACAAUAAGGAGACUCUCCCUCUGUCACUGUUACCUGGUGGUUCUGAUGGCCAAAUUCAGCCCAGGGUGGAUGGAUCUAGGCGGUAUCGAUCUUGCGCUCUUUGUUUUCACUCUUUUUGGCUUAACCUCAGCUGGUUUGCUUUACAGCAAAGAAAUAAAUAAAUAAAAACAACAGCCCUCUACUCCUUCUGUUGGGUCUCUGGGAGUGUGUUGAGAUUGGAAAGGGCCAGAAAUCAUAGAGGUGAAGGAAUGUGUGUCCAGAGAUUACCUCUGAGGGGAAGUUCUGCAGGCUGAUAAUUGGGAGGAGGGGUGAGGAAAUGUGAGGCGGCUGUGCUUUUGUUGUGGUGUGAUUCAUCAAGAAUACAAAUGUUACCUAAAGGACUAUUCUGCAUUUUCAGGAUUUAUUUUUGCUGCUCUAAUAGUUAUAAGAACUAUCAGGAAAGGUUAAGGUCAUGCUUUGAUUGUGUGUAUGUGUGUGUGUGAUUGUGUUAGUGGCUGGUUUGCUGUCUGGCGACCCUCUGCGUCACAGUAAAUCAGCUCGGUGGCUGGAGCAGGUGACAUCGGCUGUAUUAGUCUGCAGGCUGACCCUCUCUCUAUGGGGGCAUUAUUUCUGAUGCUUUUAAGCAGAGGGCCGGUGCCCAUGGCAAUUUCCCUCAUUUAAUAUUGUCUGGACAAACCACUGAAGUGUUAUGGUUUGAUCUUUUAUGUCUCUCACACAGCCCAAGAUAAAUACUUUGAGAAAAUGGCUUUUCUCCAAAGGAGUGACAUGCUCCGUCUUUAUGGGACUUUCUUUGUUUAACUUGGUGAUUUAUUUGUCCACUAAAAGGAUUUAUAGCCUAUUCCAGACCAGCUCGGCCCUCCGUGUCCUCUUACUGUGUGUCCACACCAACUGUGUUUACAUUUAAUGUGUCUCCAAAGAGCAGAAGGAAAACUUCCUUGUUUUGAUGGUCCUGUUCAAUUUCAAAUUAUUACCUCAUUUCAGUUGUGCUACCAGACAGAGGAACAACAGGAUUUCAAAAUGAGAGAAAUAUUAGGAUUCAUAAAUAUCUCCAAAGUAGCCUCUUGAUAGUUUUGAAUGACCGCUAGCCCAAGAUUGAAAAGCCUGUAUUUAUCAAAGUUAAAUGGACUUCAAUUUGCCACAUCAGGUCCCGGAGGGAGAAUUACCUUGACUCAACACAGUGUAGCACUUCUGCCCUCCUCUGGAUCAGCAUGAGUAUUACAAGUGUUGACAAGAUCCUCAGCUCAUAAAAAUAAUUAUGAAUAUGCCCCCUGAAGGUUGGAGUGCGUAUUAUUACAAUGACUGUUUCUGUUAAUCAAGUCAGCUUUGUUAUGAAUAACUGCUUCAUUCACGUCUUCAGGCCUAAAGCUCUUCUUCUGCCACCUGAUAUAUCCUUCAUUUUAUAGGAGCUGCAAAUUAGUUUUUAUUUCUGUUCAAAGAUUGAAUGUGUUUCCUUGUUGAGCAGAAAACAGGAUUAGUGUCAGAAACUAAACAGAAAUCACACGGCAGGAUAUACGAGCACACACAUGAUUUAAUAUAUUUUUAAAGCCCUUAAAACAAAAAAUAAAAAGUCCCGUGAGAUGUUAAGCUGAGCAACUAUCAACCUUUUCAUUUUUAAGCACACUGAGUGACUUUGGACGAAUGUGGAGGGACUUUUGUGAAAAAUAAAUGUGAUCGUGUUUACAGGAGUGGCAUCAAAGUUUUGUGAAAGGCUGUUUCUUCUUGGAGGAUGAUGGGGGCAUCAGCUCUUUGCAGUACCAGCUCCACAUCCCACAGACCAGCAACGUCUAUCUGACCAUCCAACCGCUCAGCCUCAACAACAGACCGGGUACAAACACGGUUUUCUUUUAAACAAACAACAAUAUUAGAAAUGUACUGCACGUUUGAAUUAGAGAUUCUGAUUAUUAAAUAUCUAUAUAAUGUAAUAUAUAUUAAAAAAUAUAUUUUUUAUGUUUAUUUUAUGUUUAUUUUUGUCACAAUUUUCUCAAAAUCCUAAAAUCCUUCUGUAUUUUCCGCCUCUGUACAGACAAACCCUCUCCGUGGAUGACAGUGGAUACGGCCCUUUUUCUCAUAUCAGCCGGUGAAACCAAAGAGGAUUCAACUUUAGUUUGUUUCACUGAGUCCAAAGACAAAGAGGUGGGUUUGAAUGGACUCAGCCAACACAGUGUCACAGGCCACUUUAUUAGGUACACCUUGCUUGAAUCAGGUUGGACCCUUUUUUGCCUUUAAAACAGCUGUAAUUCACUGUCUUUAGAGAUUUUGGUCCAUUUGAAUGCAGUGAACUCAUUUAUGCUCAAGAAGUCUGUUUGAGAUGAUCCAAGCUUUGAGACCUGGCGCAUUACCCAGCUAGGAGAAGUCUUUAGUAGAUGGAUACACUAUAGUUGUAAAGUUAUAAAGUUAAAUCCUAAGGAAGCUUUGUUGAACCAGUUUUUCUCUUUCUCCCUGCAGAAGUAUAUUUGGAGAGGAGAGUUGAAUGCUGGGACUUACUACCUGCUUCCCUUCACUAGCGGCUGCAAACUAAAGAAAAGAACCAAAAAGAGUCUUUCUGUUAAAUCCGUGGAGCUCAUCUACAGGACUGAUACUGGAGAACUAGACCUGACCAGGGAGCUGAGGUAUGUGCUGUUUGUUUGUGUAUUUGCAUGUUGUUGGGGGGAAACAAAGACAUUUGAGACAUCUUAGACUCGUGAAUGAGACCUGAGGUUGCAGAUUGAUUCUACAAAGUUUUAAUAUUUGAAGCUGUGCUGUAGUUUCAGGGCUGAAGGGAAGCCUGGACUGCUUUUCUCUCUUGGUUACAACCACAACAGUUAGAUGCCUGAAUAAAUUGAUGGGUGCAUGAGUGGAAAUUUGGAGGAAUAAAUAAAUUGAGGCUUUUCUGGGUUAGGCUGCGUCUCAAUUCUCCCACUAAGCCCUUACACUUGGCCCAAACCUUCUACUCUGUGUGGGAGCAUGGUUUGGUGGUCGUCUAAUCUUCCAAACAGCCGUCUUAAAUGCAUUUUUUUUUCCAGAUGUACACCCCAGAAAGAACAGAACAAGGAAAUAACUGCGAUGUUUUCAUAACUGUAAGAACAUACAGUAGCUGUUUAUGAAGGAGAAAGACACCCAUGCCUUUACUUAUUAAUACAUAAAAAUCAAAUCCCUCAAGAUAAGAUUUCAACCUCUUCCCUGUUCACUCCAGCCAGAAGAGUUAGUCCAAAAGCAGGGUUUUAUUAAAACUGAGGCAGCACUUUCAAGUCCAGUGUGUCACAUUCUCUUUGUGUUUCUUCCUUUGUCCACAGGGAGGUGCUGUCCGACAUCUUUGAGGUAAUCGACAUAGAUGGAAACGGCAUGCUCAGCCUGGAGGAGUACAACUUCUUCGAGCUGAGGACCAGUGGAGAAAAAUGUGACGAGGACGCCUGGGUCGUCUGCAAAGGUAAUCAACCUCUCUGCUGCCUGGAUGGAGGCGUUAGCCAGAGUUGCACUGAUGUGAUAUGAAACAAAGGGAAGACUGAUCUCUACCGGCUCUUUCUAUUCUGUUUUUGUCAUUUCAGAAAACUUUGAUAUGAGGAAGAAUCAGCUGACACGGCAGGGCUUCAUGGAGCUGAAUCUGAUGGAGGUCACAGAGAAAGAUGGAGAUCCCACAGACCUCUGGGUCACACUGGAGGCCAUGGGCUAUAAUCGAAUGUUGGAGCUAGUAGAGGUACUUUGACACCUCUAUUCUGCUGUUACUCUGAUUAAUCACAUUCAGGCACUUCACAUACAUCAUUUUCCCUCUCACUUGGAUUAUUAGGAGUAAAAAAAAUAAAUUUAGAUGGUAGAUUUAGCAAAGUUUUUCUGCCAAAAUAAGGAGAAGCCUUUUCAUAGGGUCAGGAACUGAUUUCGCAACAAAGUUUUUCUGUUAAGAUAUCCCGAUAGCUGCUCUCUGAAUAACAUGAAAUUUUUUUUUAAAGUAGUCCAACUUUUUUUAAAUUACUGUGUACUGCUGUGUGAUUUGGAUGCUCUGUCUAGUUUGGUCCAAACUUCGCUAAAAAUGUUCAGAAAUAGUCUUUUUUCUGCUUAUGUUCUUUUGAAAAUUGUCAAGUUUGAACAGGCAAAUAUGUCACUACAGAAAUCUUUGAUAUGAUUGUAUUCUUCUGAUAAUAAUUGCUGAUAUACUGUGCAUAAAUGAAAGUAAUAAAAAUACAUACAAAGAGAUAUGCACCCACACUUGUCUCGUACUGACUAAUCAGACUCUUCUCUCUCUCGCUCUGUCAGGCAUGUCCCUUCCAGAUAGACGUUCACUGUGAAAGCACUCAGCCCUCCAUCCAGACUCUCAGUUUGGACUCAGGGCCAAAACUCCUGAACCAGGCCAUCCAGAGGUCCAUCACAGCCAGUACAGGGGCCAAAGCACUGAGGGGCCAAGACAGCAUCUUCGUCUACACCUACAGAGGGGAACACAGGAUCUCCUCCCUCAUAGCUAACAAGGUAGACGACAAAUAUUGCUAUAUCUGAGUGGUUAUCUAGCUGUGAAGGUCAUGUUUUAUUUUAUGAUAAAGAAAUCCAAAGUGUGAAGUAAGGACAUGGUGGAGUUGUUUUGCAGAGAGUUGUGUAAAGGCUCACUUGUUCUACAGGCUUGUGAGGUUUAUAUGCAGCCCUCGUGUUGAUUCUCAUAGCAACAGGAGCAACUCAGAAAGUAUGACUUCUUAACCAGAGGGACCUCAGAGUUAUCCACUGAGCUACAGUGAUAUCAGCUGUUUUCAAGGCUCAUAAGUAAUGUGCUGUUCUGUCUUGUUGGCACAUUUAUUGACCACUAAAUUUGCAGUGUGAACAAAGUUUGGUUCAUGGGUGAAAUUUUCAGCUUGAGAUUAAAAUAAUUUUACUUUAGCUGGUAUUUUAUAAGUAAUAAUGAAAAAAUUGGAAGUGUAGCAGAGUAUAUAUUUUAGAUCAGCGGGAUUUGUUUGUUUAGCUGUUGCUAAGUAUUUCUGUAUAGUCUGAGUCCACUGUAAAGUGUGGACACCCUCUGUGUUACAGACCAACCAGAAAGUGACGGUCCACAUUAACAACGAGCAGAGCAGGAACUGCUGCAGUAGCAGAGGCAUGAGUGUGUUUGCUGUGGAGGUGCCAGCCAGGAAAAAAGUGGUAUGAAGUCUUCUUACAACUGAUAACAUUGUUUGCCUGUAAGCUGCUGUGGAGUAAUAGUAAAAGUAGCAUGAAAGGGGGUACCCCAGUGACACUUGGGUACCCUUAACCCUGUAUUUACGUUGAGCAUACAAAUUAUUAAUUUCACCAUUUGUUUUGUUCUCUGUCUUUCAGUUGUGCCAGCAUGUCCUCCCUAUCAAUGAGAAACAGGACUGGACCUACAACUGUAUGGAGACCAUGCUGCCCUGCAUGUAAAGCAUCACCUCCAUGGAGAGCUCAAAGCUUGGUUGUAACGGAACACAAGACGAAUACAAAUAGUUCUAGAUCUGCUUGGAAUGUCAAAACUGUUUUAAAUGGUGGACAAAAUGAUUGUUAUUCAAUUUUUUACAAUGAAAACCUUUUUUAAAAAGUGUUUUCAAAAGCGCUAUGAUUCUGUCUACGACAGUAAGAGACCUUGGCCUGCUUAUAGUCAGUCUGAUUGUUACAUUAGCUGUUUUUAUUGUGCCUUUGUGUGUGUGACAUGUAAAAAUCAUCAUAGGGAGAAAUAAAAGAAAAUUGUUCAUAGUUUUUCCUGCAAAUGUUAUAUUACCGCCUCAGAUUUUCCUUCACUUAUGUAUGACUGCAUCCCUCCCCAUAAUGCCCAAGAUGCUGAACAUGAACCCAGUGGUCGCUACAGUAACUAUAGUUUCUCCUGUUACUAAGAUCAGACGGGUUCACUGUGUUUGGAUUACUGUCCUUGGAAAGUCAGCUCAGGGGAGCAGGAGAUUUAUAUCCACCCAGUCAUGGAAAACCUGCAUUUCUUUCAGCUCUCCUCACUGCACAAGCAGCUCCUAGCUACAGGGUUAUGUAAAAGUUAAUAAGUUUGAUUAGACUGUUCUGCUGCUAAUAAAAUGUCAGGACUAAAAUAGCUGUUUAAAUCUAAAUAAAACAUGUUUGAACCUUGUACUCUACACUUAAAGUGUUCUGCAUAAAAUCUGCCACUGUGCAGCUUUGAUCACCUCUCUCCAUACUGUUAAUACAGCAGGUUUCUCUGAGGACUCAGUGCUGGCAUUGAAAUGCAUUCCUUUGCAUUGCGCUCAGGUCUAAACUUUAUUCGCCCUUGGCCUUUCAGGCUGAGAACAGUCUUGACCUGCUAUUUAUAUCCCUCAGGCCAUUAUUUGCCCUUUGACUUUCUCUGCUGAAACAGAAGAGCGCUCACUAAAGGUCACAUGGCAUGUGAGAUGUAUUAAACGUCUCGAGCUCCUAUCUGCUCUUCCUUUCCAAAAACAGAGGUUAAGUAACAUUUGACAGCUCAGGGAAACACAGAUUUCAGGGCGUAUGAGCCAAUUGAAAUUUCUGCUGGAUGUAGAGGUUAAAACUGGAUGUUUAAUGAUUAUUAUGCAUGUUAUAUUUUUAGAUUUGAAAAAAUUGUACUGGUUCCUGUUUUGUGUUAUUGUUUCCUAUAAAAACAAUCUAUCAUUAUGGGUGCAGCUUUAUUUCCUUGCUGAACAAAUCAGUGACAUGCAAACACACCCCUCUGCCACCUCCCUGACUGCAGGUCUGACAUUAAACUUUGUUCUGCUCUGGAUGAACAAACACACCGUGAUGCAACAUGCAAACAGCAGAAACCUGAAGUGGAUGAUUUCACAAUAUUCUACCUGCAACAAUUUGUCCUUUCACUCAAAUAAAGGUGAUUUGUAAUCUCAUUCUGUCUGAGUGUUUGUAGGACUGAUUUUGUGAGAUGCUAAUUAUAGCCAGCUUGCUUGUUGGAGAGUGAAAUCAUUUGUGUUCACAUUUUCUUCCCUUUAAUAAAGUUUAAAAAA